AUUUGAUCGGAUAUCCAAAUAAUCAAAAUAUAACAUUAUGUAAGAAAUGAUGCCUGAUUGCUUAUAAGUAAUUGUCAUUGAAGACUACCGUAUUAUUAUUAGAUAGUUAGACACUAAAUAAAUAUCUUUGGGCCAACUAGUUAGGUACAUUUGAUAAAACCGACAUUAAUGUAUUACGAUAAGAAGUAUCACUGCAUGCUUUUGUGCCAUUCGUUAGCUAAUAUCACUAACAUGCGGGCUGGAUGUAUGUUGGAAUACCAUUAUUAAAUGUUGAAGCUCCUUUCUAUGUCAAUAACCCAAUAAGUAUCUACGAACUUAAUGUGAACAGGUAUAGAAACAAGUGAUAAUAAAGAAACUGUAUUUUAAGCUGAAUGAAUUAAUGAAAGUGAAUAAGUCCUGGACAUUUAGUGCUUUACAAGACAUGCGACAGUUUCACAUCCGGAUACAUUUGCUAUUACUAGGAUGUCUGGUGCAAUGAAUAAAGUGCCACCUGAUGGAGGGUAUGGAUGGGUCAUCACUUUCGCCUAUGCUUUGAAUAAUGUCGUAGUACUUCCUCUUAUUGCUGGUUUUGGAUUGGUUUUCCAAGAAGCCUUUGACGAAACAGGCCUUACCGCAACGCAGGGGACUCUAGUAAUUAUUUUGAACCAUGGGCUCGGUAUGCUUCUAUCGCUCUUCGGCGGUCCUGUGCUACGCCGGUAUAGCUACCGAAAAGUGGCAGUUGCCGGCGCUUUAUUAAUCACAUCCGGCCUCAUUUUAACAGCCUUCUCAUCUACGUUCUGGUUAUUUAUAAUUUCCUACAGUAUUAUUAAUUCAAUGGGAGUAGCAGCAGUUAUGGCAGCAUUUUCUUUAGCAAUAAAUUCAUUCUUUAGACAGAAAAGAGGACGAGCGAUAGGUAUUGGUAUGUCACUCACUGGUCUAGGAGCCAUUUACACACCUCUAUUAAUGAGUGCACUUAUUUAUGCAUUCGGUUGGAGAUACGCCGUCUUAAUAUUGGCUGGUAUCUGCCUUCAUUCCCUCUUGGCAGCUUGUUUACUUAGACCGGCUAAAUGGUACUUAAAAGAUCCAGUAGAGACUGAUGAAGAAGUUCCAUUAAAAGAACCUGGUAUCGAACUCGUAAAUGGUAGUGUUACAACAUCUUCGAAGCAUACGGAUGUUCAGUCGCAUCCAAAACUAGAAGAAUUGACAGAAAAUGGACUAUCAGCACCAAAAAGUGUUUCCAUGCGAUCUCUUAUAAUCGCAAACGGACUUCAGACCAGAAAUGCGAUAUCGCAUCCUGAUAUUCGAAAGAACACACCUGAACCUCCUCUGGCUGAAUCUAAAUACAAGUGGUGGGAAUCUCAAGAAAUAAAUUUGGGUAGUUCCAUCAACAUAUUUCACGAGAAAGAGCUAACUAUUAGAAAAGAGACGGACGAAGAUAAACUUGAUUCAGAAAGCAAAUCGAAAAGUAUAUUCGAAAGAUUUGUUGAUUUUUUUGAUCUAACGUUGCUGAGCGACCCAAUAUUUGUAAAUAUUUUGUUCGGAUUAUCAAUGGCAUCCUGUGUUGAGAUAAACUUCUCUCUUUUACUGCCAAUCAUACUGAAGGACAUGUUACAAUUCGAGACUUCAGAUAUUGCGAAGAUCAUGGCUGUGAUUGGAUUUUCUGAUACUCUUUUUAGAUUUUUAUCGCCGUUCAUUGGGGAAUGGUUUCAAAAACCACCUCGAGUCAUGUACCUGGUCAGUUUGAUCAUCAUCAUCUUUACCAGAACGAUGAUGCUGUUUACAACCACAUUCACUGGUAUGCUGUUUGUGGCACUGGCUAUAGGCAUUACUAAAGGCGUGAGGACGGUGUACAUGAAUAUCAUUAUUCCUAGUUACGUGCCUUUGGAACGGUUGCCCUUCGCCUCUGGUAUCCAGAUGUUCUUCAAUGGAAUCAUAAUCAUCACUAUUGGAUCUCUUUUAGGUCGAAUACGAGACUAUUCUGGGUCCUACAGAAUUCCUAUAACAGUUCUCAACGUUGUCACAAUGCUAACUGUUAUUUUCUGGAGUGCGGAGUUCCUGUACUUUAAAAUAAAGAAUAAAAAUAAGAAACAGAUAUCGGAAUAAACGAUUUAUUAUUGUGUAGGUAUAACUGAGCUUCUAUAUGUACAGGGUUUUAGUAUAUUACUGGAACUUACAUUCAGAAAGAUAGAGGAAAUAAAAACUGAUAGUGUUAUUCUUAAAAAUAAUCUUUUUUUCCUUUCUUUAUGAAAAUUAAGAUACAAUCAAAAUAAUAAUAUGGCAAUAGGUUUCUAAUUUUUGCACAAAUUAAAUUAUAAACAGAGUCAUAGUCAUAGAAUAAUUAUAAUUAACGAGUUUAGAAUAAGUAAUUAUAAUACUACGUGGUCAUGUGAUAGAUAGAUAAAAUGUUGCAUUCAUCUAGCUACCAGUACAAAUUAAUUAUUCAUCACAAUAAUUAUAUUCUAGUAAACUUAUAUGUAUAUACAAAUGUGUUCAUACUGUAAAUACGUAGUAUACAACUCUAAUUUUAACUAAUACUAAUUAAUAACCUAAUAUUAAUUAAUAAUUAAUAUUUACAAUAGUUUUAUAUUUACAUUGAGUUAGUAAUAUGUAAUUGUAAUAAAUGUAAAUAACAAAU